GUGAGGUGGUAUCUAGGUAUCUCGGUAUUUAUACUAUCUAUCUUUGGGUUAAGAUUCAAAUAUCCUCAAUCAAACGCCCGAAGCUAGACAGCCAAAGUGCUGUCUAAUAAUUACUACCCACCUCGCGAGGCUCUCAACUGAAAGCUUGGAAUUGCUCUCUCCCAUCAUGUCUGUUCCACAAAGCUGCACCGUCCUUGUUGUAGGUGGCGGCCCCGCGGGCUCCUAUGCCUCCGCAGUUCUCGCCCGCGAGGGGAUCGACGUCGUCUGCUUGGAAGCAGAGAAAUUCCCACGGUAUCACAUUGGUGAAAGCAUGCUUCCGUCUAUGCGCUAUUUCCUCAAGUUCAUCGACGCCUACGAUAAAUGGGAUACCUACGGAUUCCGGCAGAAGAACGGUGCCGCCUUCAAGCUCAACUGGUCCAGACCCGGACAUUACACCGACUUCAUCGCUGCUGGUGGGCCCAACGGAUACGCCUGGAACGUGGUGCGCUCUGAGGCAGACGAGCUGCUCUUCAAGCAUGCUGGAGAAUGCGGUGUCAAGACCUUCGAUGCUACCAAAGUGGCAGCCAUCGAGUUCGAGCCGCACGCCCACAAUGGCACCAACAGUACCAGCGGCACUAACGGUACUUCGGAGCCGGAGACCUCGACACUGGGACGCCCAGUCUCUGCGACGUGGACUCGAAAUGACGGUACCUCUGGCAAAAUCACCUUUGAGUAUCUUAUCGAUGCUAGCGGACGAAAUGGCAUUGUCAGCACCAGGUACCUGAAGAACCGGAAGUUCAACCAGGGAUUGAAGAACAUCGCCAGCUGGGGCUAUUGGAGAGGCGGUGGCAUCUACUCCCCGGGCACUCACAUGGAGGGAUCGCCGUAUUUCGAGGCGCUGAGUGACGCCAGUGGCUGGUGUUGGAUCAUUCCCUUGCACGACGGAACUCAAUCCGUGGGCGUCGUGCUAAACCAGGAGCUGGCGACGGCCAAGAAGAAGGAGCUGGGCUCCCCUUCUGCUGCAGAAUUCUAUGCCAAGAUGGUUGACAUGGCUCCGAGUGUCAAGGAGCUGCUGUCCAAGGCCGAACUGAUCUCGGACAUCAAGUCAGCCUCGGAUUGGUCAUAUACGGCUUCGACCUAUGCCAGCCCAUAUCUGCGUCUAGUCGGGGAUGCGAGCUGCUUUAUCGAUCCAUUCUUCUCCUCCGGGGUGCAUCUGGCCCUGACUGGAGCAAUGUCGGCAGCGGUGACCAUUUCUGCGGCCAUGCGUGGUGACUGCGAUGAGAGCACUGCUGCAAGCUGGCACUCCAAGAGAGUGGCCGAGAGUUACACUCGGUUCUUAUUGGUGGUUGUCGGUGCCCAGAAGCAGAUCCGAUGGCAGGACGAGCCUGUCCUGUAUGACUUUGAUGAGGAAAGCUACGCGCGAGCUUUCGAAUUGUUCAGACCAGUCAUCCAAGGCACCGUCGAUGCCGGCCCCAAUCCUGCCCUCACCCAGGCAGAAAUCUCCAAGACGGUCGAGUUCGGCUUCCGCGCCAUGAUUCAAUUCACUCCAGAGCAAAAGGAGGCGCUUGUUCAAAAACUCAAGAGCCUCGGAGUAGACGGCACUAGUGAUCAAACCCAGACCCUCGAGGACAUUGAGAGGAUCCAGAAGAGUCUCACACCGGACGAGUCGCAGAUCUUGGAUACUCUUCGAGCCAGGCGAAUGCUGCGAACAGAGGAUGUCCACACUCUCGAUAACUUCACUCUUGAUGUCAUUGAUGGACUAGCACCCAACAUGGAACGGGGGAGGCUUGGUCUCGUGAGGCCGAACACGAGGAAGGCGACUAAAGCAGACUUGUAUAACAUGUCCUUCUUGGACCCCGACUCUGGCCAUUUCAGCCUAAAUAACCUGGAGAACAAGGCCCCAAGCGCGGAGAAGGGGGAUACCAAGGGGCCUAUAUAGUGGUGUAAAUGGCUGAAGUGAGUGGCGACUCGGAGGAUGAACAAGUUGGAAUGGACGAAAAAGGCAAUAAUGGUGCAAGUCAGAGUAGUCGUAGGCAGUCUUAGCCGCUCAAGGAGAAACCUCUUCACGCUCUCUGUCUUCAUACCUAUCUCGCCCCCUGACAGCCGCUUCGUGCUAUGUCGGGUAUGCGAACAUUGAUCGGUCUACUGUGCAAACCACUUGGCGGCCUCGCAACCAACCUCUAGAGCGGGCUUUACUUUGACAAUAAUUAGGACACGAC